AUGUUCAACCUGUGGUUUGUUGAAGACAACCAGGGGAAGAUUGUCCUGUAUGACGUCAAAAGCCUUAGAAGGCUUGGGAGAGAUCAGGCUUUUUGCAACAGUGUUUCUGAGUCUCAACUUGACAAGGUAUUCGAUGUGUUGUUUAACUAUGAAACCGGCUUGGACCAAAAAGUUGAGAUCAUCGCCACCAUUUCCAAUAUCGUACUUGUCAAUAGACACCUCCACAUGACAUACUUUAUUCCUCGAUAUUCCAAACGGCUGUUUGUAUAUUGUGAUAAAUUAAUCAAGCAGUUUGAGGCCGAGAAGCUGGACUUCCGGUAUGACUUUGCCAGCUUGGUGCCGAUUUAUCGGAUAUUGUUUUUGACCUUAUACGGAGGGUUGGAGCAGAUUUGCGAUGCUAUAAUCAACGACGUGUUUGGAAUACUUCUUGAUGGGUUUAAGUGCUAUGUGGCAAUUAUGGACGAUCAUAGCAAUGUUCCUAUGUUCCAGUUGUUGGUGGUGGAAAUCUUGAAGUGUUUGUACACUUUACACCAUAAGUACCACUCUGGGUCCGAGUUGGUACAAGACGAAGGGUUUUCGGACGACUGCUUGAAAAUUAUCAACCAGUUUGUGGGUGUACGCCACACGGAAAACGGCCAUUUGAUCAUCAAAAACACCCUCAACUUCUUGUUGCUUUUGCAUGGCGAGCGAGAAGAGUCUAAAUCCAUAGACCUUUACACGGGCCUGAUAGAGUUGUACCUUGAAUUUUUCAAAAAUUUGGAUGUGCUUUUAAAAGAGCACUUGGAGACCAUAAAACGUGAGCCAGGGAAGAGUAUAGUUGCCUGUGGGUUUGCCGUGAACAUGUUGGUGGUUUUGGACCAUAUGGCUAGUCUGUUGAAACGUGAUGUUGAACAGAAUCCCGAGUCCGCUAAGUUCAACCAACUUUUGACAGAAUUAGCACUGUUGAUUCUCCCUAGCGAUGGUCUGAAGUUUGUCUACAAUGAGUUCAUUCAGUACGUGGCCACCAUGAUAUUUUCUGGUGCUGAUGGGCUGUCCUUUUUUGAUCUCAAGAAUGCUGGUUUCACCAAAGAUUUGAUUCUCAGCAUCUUGUACAGUUUAACAUACGACAAAGACAUUGUCAAGCACCAAAACAACUUUUUAGAACUUGUGGGAUAUGUUUUUGGACAUAAGUACCUCGAGAACCAUUCUAUUGUGCUUGACCCAUCCAUAGACAUAAAAAGUGUUCAGGAGCCCACAUCAAAGUACCUUGAUACAGAUGAUUAUAACCGCAAAAGAGCCGGUGUUUUCGGUAACAUACCAGCCGACCAAUCGGGUGGUGGCUCUGUCGAUGACUUGACGGAAGAAGAGAAGGAGAGAGAAGCAGAAAAGUUGUUUGUGUUGUUUGAAAGAAUGGAGAAGCUAGGGACAUUUGAGAAUUUCCAGAAUCCGGUGAAGCAGUGGCAGCAGGAAGGGAAGUUCGAAGAGUUGAAAGAGUAG